AUGCACUCCUAUGUCAAGCGCGACGUCCCGCCUGCUAUGGCCAUGGUCAUCGUGCUCACCUCUAUCAUCGGCACCGGCAUCCUCAUCUGUCUCAUUUGCGAGCUGUUCAUGUGUCCCUGGGUCGACAGAGCUCUAGACUGGUGCUUUGCUCGUAACGAAGGCCCUCCCACCAACGCCUCCCAAUGGGGCCUGAACGAUGUGCGCCGGAUCCAGACCGGGUCAAUGGUCGAGAUCGUCCCCCUCGCCCCUCGUCGCCACUGGUGGUGCCGCCGCCAGCCCAUCGAGCAGCCCGGGACCACCAAGGCCACGGCUAAGACCAACACCAAGCCGAGGACCAUGACCCGACGGGAGGUAUCGUACCACGGGGACUUUGCCACAUUGCCUGCCCCGCCGGCCAGGUCUUACCAGUCGCCAGCGCAUCGUUAUAAGGGCGAGGGAACGCUCAUAUUUGAUGCGGACGCCUACAACAAGGUCUGA